AUGUCAGCAUCGUCUACACAAUCAAACCACAAUAACAAUAACGCGACACACUUUGUUCCUCCACCGCCGCUAUUCUGCUUUGACAAACAUAACAGCAACAACAACAAUAACCACAAUAAUAACAAUCAUAGUAGUAACAGCACCAGUAGUAGUAAUAUCAACUCAAUUGGUGUUACUUCACCAUCAUUAGUGAUGGCCAAUGACCUCACCCAAUAUCAACACCAGGCACAGGUGGUCCAGGUAGUUAGCGUGGUACCAUCUCUAAAUACACAGCACUUGGAUGGAUUGGUUCCACCCAAUGUUACCUCGCCAACAUCCUCGACUUCCACAUCCACCACAAGUACUGCAACCAACACUCCAGCUGCAGCAAACAAGCUUGGUAACAACCUUACCGACUACUUUGAAUGGUGUUCGAGUCUGAUCAGCCAGAACAAUCAGGACGCAUCCAAUCAGCAACAGCAGCAGCAACAGCAACAGCAGCAGCUACAGCAACAACAAUCAUUGUACUCAAACAAUGACGAUCAUCAGAACAAUGGAAACAGUCCAGUAUUCAAUCUGCCAUUGCAAUCGACCUAUCAAGACAGCAAUGAAAUGACAUCAUUCUCAAAGUAUCAACCUACCACCUUGACUCCAUUGUAUGAGGAUGCCACAUCGAUGGUCUCCUCCCCAGCCAUGACCUAUUCUCAAUUCCUCCCCAAGUAUGGUGUUGUGCUCAAUGUCAACAAGAAUGUUCUUCCACCUCAGGCAUGGAGCUCUCCCGCACUCAAUCAAGUGGACAACAACAAUGGCAACAACAACCAAUCAUCCAAUGGCAUCGGUAACUUGGCAUUUAGUUUGGGAAGAAUGAAUGAGCAGCCAAUGAACAAUCGCAGCAAUAACAACAAUCAUCAUCAUCAGCAUAAUGGUGAUGGUAACACAAGAACCCCCAUCAUUGGCAGUCCCUUCCUCCAUCAACAACAACAACAUCAACAACAUCAUCAACAUCAACACAAUGGUAAUGCGGACAACAAACAGACACAACAACAUCACAUUAAUCUUGCACUGGACCAACAAUUGAUGCUUCAGAAUAAUGGUGACAUAACCGAUCAUACUCCACCCAAUCCAUUCGAUCACUGGGAGACUGGCCUCGAGCCAGACUCUCUAAAGAAGCAACUGCAGCUGUCUCCGCCAACCGCACUCCAAUCACCUGUCGUCAUGUUUGAGCCAUAUCGUGGUGGCACCGACACGGGCCAGCAUCGCGCCUGCUGGAUGUUGCUCGAGCCAAUGCAUCGAAACUACUACCAGCCCAUCAUGUUCAAGAUACCCAGCGACACUAAUCCGUUGGUGACAGGCAGCUCGCUGUCGCCAGCCACAGUUAUGCUCAAGGAUGCAGCGUCACCAUUCUCAUCGGGCAAUCGCUACGACGACUAUCGCAUCUACAUCCACUCGUCGCUGGGCUACUCGGGCAAUGCCAAGCGCUUCAAGCAGUACCCUGAGCCCAACGAGAAGGCGCUGAUCCUCGACGGCAACGUGUACGAUGGCAACCUGAACCCGAUAUACAAUUGCAAAAUAUGCUCCGAGUACUACCAGACCAAGUCGUACUUCUCGGCCAACCCGCAGGCCAAGGGCAAGAUCCUGUUGGUCAAGAACAACAUCCUGACGCGCAUCAAGGAUGGCGGGUUCGUCCUCUCUGUGAAACCAAUGUGCUGCAGUGGACACAACUCGCACAUUCCACUCUACUUCCACUUCACGCUCAGUGAUCCAUUCAGUGACCAAGUCGUGUUCCAAUCACUCAUGAGUGUCAACGUCAAGCAAUGGAAGAAGUCCAUCCAGUCCAAGACAAAGAAGGCCAAAACAGAGUGA